CCGUGUCUGUAAAAUAAGUCAGUGUCGUGGCAUCACCCCGCUCACCGGCAGCACGCACCUCUUUACCUACUCCUGGCGCGCCAAAUUAUAAGUGUCCGCGCACUCUACUAUGUCCUAAACUGCGGUGCGCAAUUAUCACGAGGGUUGCACUUUGUAUUUUUUUGUGUUUUCGACAAGUCAAGUGAGAAAGAGUAAGAGGGAAAAUAAAGAAAGGCAAAUAACUUUGAGACAUCUCAAGAUACCUUUGUCCCUUGGCGAGGUCGAUUUGGAGCGGGACCUAAACUUCAAUACAUUACCGACGGAGAGGGACUAGUGGGAAAUAGCCAAGUAAGUCCGUCGUGUGUGCCUGUUCAGAGAGACGACCAAGUGAGGGAGAAGGCAUAAAAACCCGGUGCGAGGAUGAUGUCCUACAUUAAGCAACCCCAUUACGCCAUGAACAUGUCUGGGAUGGACCUGCUACACACCACCGCUGGAUACCCAUCCACCCCGCGGAAGCAGCGUCGCGAGCGCACCACUUUCACACGCAACCAGCUGGAUAUCCUGGAGGCCAUGUUCUCCAAGACCCGCUACCCCGACAUCUUCAUGAGGGAGGAGGUGGCCCUCAAGAUCAACCUCCCGAGUCGCGUGUACAGGGGUUGUGUUUGUCUGUCUCGGUAUCUGCAGGUGUGGUUCAAAAAUCGCCGUGCCAAGUGCCGCCAGCAGCAGCAGCAGAGCAGCGGCCAGAGCAAGCCCCGCCCGCCCAAGAAGAAGGCGUCACCGGCCCAGGACCAGCCCAGCAAUGGCCCCGACCCCUCAUCCAACAACCCCUCUGGCUCCUACAGCCCCUCCCCCGACCCAUCAGGCCCCUCACUGCCCACUAGCGGCAACAACCCAGGCAAUGCACCCAUCUCCAUCUGGAGCCCAGCCAUCUCGCCACUCCCUGACCCUCUGGCCUCCUCGGCGCCCUGCAUGCAGCGGCCCUCUGCCUACCCCAUGAGCUACGGCCAGCCUCAGGCCUACGCCCAGGGCUACGCCGGCACCUCCUCCUAUUUCACAGGCUUGGACUGUGGCGCCUACCUCUCGCCCAUGCACUCACAGCUGUCGGCAAACGGUGCCCUCAGCCCCAUCACCGUGCCCUCCAUGGGGGGCUCGCUGAGCCAGUCACCCGCCUCGCUCUCCUCCCAGGGCUACGGCACGGCCGCUUCGCUGGGCUUCACCUCCGUCGACUGCCUGGACUACAAAGACCAGCAGGCGUGGAAGCUGGGCUUCAGCACCAUGGACUGCCUGGACCACAAAGACCAGAAUUCGUGGAAGUUCCAGGUGCUGUAGAGAAGAACAAGAACAAGAACAAGAGUGGGAGGAGUUGUGAAUGAAUGAGGCCCUCACCAGAUACACGAUCAAAUACGAUCAAAUUAUUCUGACAGAUUACUUUGUUUUGGUUAUUUCUUGUUUGUAAGUUUUGUUUCUCGUUUGUAAUCUUGGUUUUUACAACCCCUGUAGAAUGUGUUUUCCAUUCAGGUGAGAGAGGAGAAGAUAGACGCAGGGAUAUAAUUGAUACCUCCUGACUGUGAAUGCAGGAGAUCAGAUCCAGUUACUUUCUCAUACAGUAGAAGGGAAGGAUGCCCCUGAGGAUCAUACUAUAUGGAAAGACACUCAACUAGAAACGGACUUAAACACACAGGCCAUGGUUCAGAUGCAUUGAUUGGUCUGUCAUGGAAAGACAUCCUCAAGAGAAUUCUAUUGAUACAACCACGCAAUACUCAAUCAUUCCUCUGUUCUUUUUUCUGCUGUUUUCAAGAAACAUAUCAAUAGAUCAUAUUCACAGGGCUUUAAUACUCUCUUAGUCUCUCUCUUUUUUUGUUCUGAAAGACUAUCAGUGUUAAUUUGAGUUUAGUUGUUGUUAUAUAUGCUACAAUUGAAAUCUUAAUUUGGUUACUUUUAGGCUAUUGGAGCUAACAUGUUACUAUGGUGUUAGGCUAGCAUCGUUGCUAUUACAUUUUGAUGGGAGAAAAAAAAAUGGCUUCUAUGUUUUUUUGUGUGAAAUAUUAAAGCUAACUUUGAAUCUACA